AUGUAUCUCAUGAAACAGUAUCAUCGUGCUGGCACAUCUUAUAAAGAGAUAUGGAUUAGAGAAGAAGCAAAGGAAUAUAACGAUGCUCUUCAAGUCAUUAACGAAUCUGAAAUAUGUACAAACAUAACGCAAGCGGGUAUUACCUUCGCCGAUCGCACGGAUAUUUUUCAGGAUGCUCCAAAAAAAUGUGCAAAGUUCAUAUUAUACGUGAAAGGGAGAGUUUACGAAGCUAUGGAUAAUAGAGCAGUGGCAACAGAAUGUUAUAAACAGGCUUUACAAUGUGACGUUUAUUCAUACGAAGCGUUUGAGGCCUUGGUGCAAAAUCAGAUGCUUUCAGCUUCGGAGAGCGGGAAUUAUUGGAGUCCUUGCCAUUUGCUGAACAAUGUACGAAAGGCGAAGCGGAACUUUUGCGAUUGUUGUAUGAUAGUAAAUUAA